AAAUCAAUCAAUUGAUCUUAUAAUAAUGUAAAAUAGCAGAAAUGUCUAAUUGUUAUCAUAUGUUCUCAAAACUGUACCAUGAGAAUGACUGUUGCGGAAUACUGUUUCAGUGCCACUAAAAUGAAGACAGUAUUUUGGCUGGCAUUCAUAUAUAGUGAGUUAUCUACAAAUAAUAUACUUUAAUGUGACUGAAGCUACAUAAUCAAACUUUAUUGAGCAACUUUUAAAAAUAAGUUUACAAAGUGCUUUUAGAGGUAAAAACAACACAAACAACAACACACUAAGAACCAUAGCACCAUCAGUAACAAUAUAUAUGACAAACAAUAUAUGAUAUGGUAUCAAAUUGCAUGUUGUUCCAAAAAUGUGGAUGUGAACAGUGUUAACAAGAUGGCACACACGUAUAAAAGGGCGUUUUUGAUUCAUUAAACAGAAUAAUCCUUUUUUCAUUUGAAUUUCAAAAGUAAAGAAACCUGUUGCAACAAGUAGGCUACAGCAGAAGUAUCACAUACAGUGUUAACUCUGCUUCCACCUGAUGGUCUUACAUGAAUACUGUCUCACUGCUGCCACAGUAACCUCUAGUGGAACCACAUGAAAAACUGCAUGGUCACCAACAUGUUUUAGCUCUAACUUUGACACGACAGGUGACCCCUGCAUGCCAGAAUUAAAUUCCAAUUCCAAUAAUUAAAUGCAACACAUAACCAUACUUAAGAUUUUGAAUUUUGCUGAACUUGCUGUCCUCAGUAGAACUGUAGGCAAAACAUUAAAAACCUGUACAAGGAGGUUCACAACUCUUUACGCUAUCAUAAUCCACCUCAGAUUCAUUUAUGAAGAGAACAACCUAAAGUAUACAAUAUAUACAGUAUUUCCUGUAAUUGGAGGAGCCAGUUUGGGAGGAGGAGGGGAUUGUCAUAACUGGGAAAGUCGUUGAUUGGAAGAAUGCAGUGAAGGAGGAAGGCUGUCCCAGAGUAACCUGAUUUAAUCUGAGCUCCUGAGAAGUUGUAUGUUAUUGCUAGCCAGUGACGCAUCUAUACACCUUUCUGGACACCUGAAGCAUGCAACAACCAGGCCGGCUGAGGCUGAGGCCAUGGCUGGAGGAGCAGAUUCAGUCUGGGAGGUAUCCAGGAGUCAGUUGGCUGGACCAGUCAGCACAAAUUUUUCAAAUCCCGUGGAAGCAUGCCGCUCGUCAUGGCUGGAGUAUUGACAGAGAUGCUACACUCUUCAGGAGUUGGGCCAUGCACACUGGACGCUAUUGUCCGGGUAAAGACAAACCAGAUCCCAAGACAUGGAAGGCGAAUUUCCGCUGUGCCUUAAAUUCUCUGCCUGACAUCUGUGAGCUGCAGGAGCACAGCAGGAAGAGAGGCAGCAAUGCCUACAGAGUCUACAGGAUGAUGCCCAGCACACAAACACACAGACGCAGGAGAGGGCUCCGGUUGUUCAGCAGGGCUCGAGAAAGACAGGCGAGUUUAGGUGAUGAUGCAUACCCCACGCACACUUGGCAACCCACCACAGUGAGACCCAUUUCAGACACACCACAGAAGGUGGAGACCCAUACAGAAGACACAUUUGGCAACACUCAAACACACGGGAUGUGGGAAGCCAAACCCGAAGACCAGGAGCAGAAUGAGGCUGUGUUUAAGCUUAUGGACCACUUAAGCAAUGCUGACCUUUGGAACCAGACUGGGGAGCCGCGAGGAUGGAGAACACACACACUGUGGGACCACUGGCACUGUUCUGGUGAUGAUAACCCGUACUCUCUGCACACAGACAACUACAACGAUCUGCUUGGUCCAAACUACAUAAAGGAGCUCUCAGAUUGGUCCGCACAUCAGCAAACACUGGCGCUGUAGCUGUGCACCAACGGUGUUAUAUGUUUCUUGCUUUCUAUCUGUUUCUUGCUUUCUAGAUAACCUUCGACUGUCUUUCCCUCCUGCUGUCUGCUGAGCUGACCACUGAAAAGUAGAAACAAGAGAGGAGGGAUCGGACAGAGAAUAUUGCUCUGUCAGUCAGUUGCGGUCAUUCUCUCUGCUGAGCAUGCUGAGAUGAAGAUCCUGUUCCAAGCCAAGCUUUACCUCUGUCAUCAUCACUUAGGUUCACUAUGGUUCAGUGCCUCAAACUCCCUGAAACGACACCAAGCUCACACCCCAGCAUACAGAGUAAACAGAUCUCAUUUCGCUUCCGUGCAGGAUCAGUGAUUGCUCUGUGUCUUUGAGUUUAGCCAACAUACAGGGAAUGAAGUUCAGGACAUUUGGCUUUAACAGUUUGUAGGUUUGUGUUUAUGUGAGUGGAGUUUAAAACUCCCAUGUUUACUUAAAUUGCAAUACAUAUAUUUUUGUCUGUAUAUAUGUGUUUGAUUCAUUUCCCUUUAUGCCUUUGAUUUUACCACUUUUAUAAAUAAAGAUUUCUCCAAGAGAUGCUCAUGACAAAGAAAAA